AUGGUCGACACUCACCCAGCGACCAAGUCUGCCGAGGGCGACGGCGCUUCUUUCAACGGCGAAGCUUUCCGAGCAACAAAUACCUCAACACCCACCUUGGCCCCAAGGGAAAGCGAUGAUCACGUGGAGAAGAAAUCGGAGGACAGGCCAUCAACAUUACAGGAGAAGGUCACGGUUCACACGCCGAUAAUAUCAGCCAGCCCUUCAGCCAAUGCCAGCCAGCUCGACGUCUCGAAAGAGCCUAAUCUGGACGAGAAGCAAGAUGCAGAGAACCCCGCUCCGGAGGGGCUACCGGUUGAGAUUGACGAGGCAGAAGAGAAUUUCAAGCCAAAGAGCAUCAAGUUCUGGCUCACCAUCUUUUCCAACUUCAUCGCCUUAUUCUUGGUGGCACUCGAUCGAACCAUCAUAGCCACCGCAAUCCCACGCAUCACUGACGAGUUUGGGAGCUUGGGGGAUAUCGGCUGGUAUGGGUCGGCUUACAUGCUCACCACUGCCGCUUCCCAACUAGUGUUUGGCCGAGUAUAUAAGUUCUACAAUCUUCGAUGGGUUUUCCUCAGCAGUAUCUUUGUUUUUGAGAUUGGCUCACUUCUUUGCGGCGUCGCUCCCAACUCGGCCACUUUGAUUGCAGGAAGAGCCAUUGCAGGUGUCGGCUCCGCUGGCAUCUUUGGUAUGGUCUUUGGCCUUGCUUCCGUGAUCGGGCCACUGAUCGGCGGUGGCUUCACGGGCACAGUCACUUGGCGAUGGUGCUUUUACAUGAAUCUUCCUAUUGGAGGCGCGGCUUUGGUAUACCUGUUCUUCAUGCUCAAGGCUCCCAAGCAGCAACCACGAGAACCUGCAACACUCACCCAGCAUAUCUUGCGCCUUGAUCCCUUGGGGACGUUCUUCUUCCUACCCUCCAUCGUGGCCCUUCUCCUUGCCCUGGAGUGGGGCGGAGCGACGUAUGCAUGGAGCGAUGGCCGUAUCAUUGCUCUUUUCAUAGUCUUUGGGGCUGCCUUCAGCGCUUUCGCCGCCGUCCAGGUAUUCAUGCCCAAGACGGCAACGGUUCCAGUCAGGAUCAUCACCCAGAGGACCAUGCUAGCCGGCGCAUUCUUCAUGUUUUUCUUGGCUGGGUCGAUGAUGUUGGCGGUUUACUAUCUUCCUCUUUGGUGUUUCGGCCUGGGGUUUGGCAUGCAAACCGUCGGUCUUGCUGUGCAGGCGGUGUUCCCCAAAGAAGACGUGUCAACAGGUGUUUCCAUAAGCUUCUUUGCGCAGCAAUUGGGAGCAGCUAUAUUCGUCUCGGUAGGACAGUCGAUUCUCAGCAACAUGCUUGUGUCGCAGCUUUCUGGCAUUCCUGGACUGCCUGCACAAGUCAUUGUCAAGAUUGGGGCAACCGACUUACACAAGGUCGUUCCGUCCCAGUUCUUGGAUGUGGUCGUCAAGGCAUACAACUACGCAUGCACUAGGAUCUUCUUGGCAGGCAUGGGCCUGUCAUUGGCAACGCUUGUUUGCGCUCUAUGCAUGGAAUGGAGAAACAUCAAGAAGGGGAGGAACCGUGCCAGUAGAAUCGAGCCGGAAACUGAGGCGUAG